AACGUGAAGAAGGAGGUAAAGCAGAUCAUGGAAGAAGCUGUCACCCGGAAAUUUGUACAUGAAGACAGCAGUCACAUCAUCGCCUUAUGUGGACCUGAAAUCCAAGCAAUUAUCAGAGUCACCAAACGUCACGAUUGCCUGCCCCAAGCAAUGAAAAAUCAUGAGUCAGAAAUCUUUUUCUCAUGGCCCUAAGUCACAAGAUUGGAUUAAAGUUCAUGACAGUAAAAUAAAAUCAGCUAUGACGAAUAGAAAUCUAUUUCUUAAAUGGUGAGAUUCUCAUCCUGUGGCAUGCCUCAAGAUGGUAAGACUUUCAGAAGAAUAUCAAAAAUCCACAGACUUGCAGUAAAAUCAUGGAAUACAGCAAUGUGGGAAGCUCCUCUUUGUUUUUAAGGUGUUGUGGAAGCGUGUCUCCUGCACAUGCUGAAACGCAGGGCUGCCGGCUUCUUGCGGACUGACAAGGUAGCUGCGCUGUUCACCAAAAUUGGCAAGACGUAUGCAGUAGCUGGAGACGUAUGCAAGAAAGUGCAGGAACUGCAGCAGCAGGUGGAAAGCAGGAAAAAUCAGCCAAAUGGGCAAGAAUCCCUCAAGAGGCAGGGAUCAACCACAAGCAAAACGCCUGCCCUGACACCUCAGGCUAUCAAACACAUAUGGGUUCGAACAGCCUUGAUUGAGAAAGUCCUCGACAAAAUUGUGCAGUAUAUUGUUGAUAACUGCAGUAAAUAUUAUGAAAAAGAAGCUUUACUGGCAGAUCCUGUUUGUGGCCCAAUACUUGCUUCUCUCUUAGUUGGACCAUGUGCACUGGAAUACACCAAGCUAAAAACAACUGAUCACUACUGGACAGACCCCUCAGCAGAUGAGCUUGUUCAGCGACACCGGAUUCAUGGAGUUCAUGGCCGCCAAGACUCUCCUUCAAAGCGCCCAGCCCUGGGAAUCCGGAAACGGCAUUCAAGUGGGAGUACGUCGGAGGAUCGCUUCGCUGCUUCGGCAAGAGAAUAUGUGGAGUCUUUACACCAGAAUUCCCGAACGCACCUUUUGUAUGGGAAAAACAAUGUCUUGGUCCAGCCGAAAGAUGACUUGGAGGCAAUUCCUGGGUAUCUCUCCCUUCAUCAGUCAGCAGAUAGUUUGACAUUAAAAUGGACUCCAAAUCAGCUGAUGAAUGGAACCCUUGGAGACUCAGAGCUGGAGAAAAGCGUUUACUGGGACUACGCGUUAAUAGUGCCACUCAGCCAGAUUGUCUGCAUUCACUGCCAUCAACAACCAGAAAGCAGAGGGACGUUAGUCUUGGUGAGUCAGGAUGGAACUCAGAGACCUCCACUGCACUUCCCACAAGGAGGUCACCUUCUCGCAUUCCUUUCCUGUCUGGAAAAUGGUCUUCUGCCUCGUGGACAGCUGGAACCGCCACUCUGGUCCCAACAGGGCAAGGGUAAAGUAUUUCCAAAGCUUCGAAAACGGAACAGCAACAAAUCAGUGGACCUAGAGGAAGUGCCAGUUGAAGACAGUGCUACAGACUAUGUGUUCAGAAUUAUCUAUCCAGGACACAAGCAUGAUAACAUAACUAUUAACUACCACCACUUAGCUGCCAGCCGCUCUGCCUCUGUUGACGAUGACGAGGAGGAGGAAGAUAAGCUACACGCAAUGCUAUCAAUGAUCUGCUCUCGGAACCUCACAGCUCCUAAUAGGAUGAAAGAUAGCAGCGAAAUGAUAGAGAUGCAAGGCUUCGGGACAAACUUGCUUUCAUGGCAGCUGGAGCAUUGUAGCCAAGGCUCCUCAUGUCUCUCCUGCUCAACAGGCAGCUCUCCAUAUGAUAUACCCAACGGUUGCAACUGCAUCCAUGACAGAGCUCCAUUAAAGAUGUUGUGUGAAAGCAUGAAGAGACAAAUAGUUUCCAGAGCCUUUUAUGGAUGGCUUGCUUACUGCCGCCAUUUGUCAACAGUGCGAACACAUCUAUCUGCGCUUGUGAACCACACUAUUAUUCCACCUGACAAACCAGCCAGUGCUUCAGGAGGCCUCACUAAAGAGGUCUGGAGCAAGUAUCAGAAGGACAAGAAAAAUUACAAGGAACUGGAAUUACUAAGAAGAGUUUACUAUGGUGGGGUACAGCAUGAGAUUCGAAAGGAGGUAUGGCCGUUCUUGCUAGGUCACUAUAAAUUCGGCAUGGCCAAAAAGGAAAUGGAUGAGGUGGAUGAAGACAUUGCUCUCCGGUAUCAGAAGGUCAUGGCUGAGUGGAAAGCCUGUGAGAUCAUUGUAAAGCAGCGAGAGAAAGAAUCACAUUCUGUCACACUGGCAAAAUUUUCAUCAGGCAGCAGCAUUGAUAGCCAUGUCCAGCGACUGAUUCACAGGGACUCCACUAUCAGCAACGAUGUCUUUAUAUCUGUAGAUGAAAUGGACUCAGCAGAGCGAGACUCAAAAGGUCAGGAUGACCCCACUUUCACUGUGGUGUCUGUAGACACGCCAGCAGCAGUAGCUGCCAUAGAGCAGCAGUCUGUAGAGUUUGACUCUCCCGACUCCGGGCUGCCAUCCUCUCGGAACUACUCUGUGGCCUCGGGCAUCCUGUCCAGCAUCGAUGACGGGCAGAGCGUCUCCUUUGAAGAUGGGGCUGAAGAAGAAGCUAGCACCGACUUGGAAAGAACUGAUGUAGACACACCACGUGUGCAGAAAGUCAAGUCAGUUGUAUUGGAGUCUCAGGAUUCUGUAUCUGAAGAGCAGCUGUGUUCCCAGGUGGACUAUUUAAUGGAUGUUGCUUCUGUCUGUGCUGCAUCCUACACAAUAGAAUUACUGGACACUGUUGCCUUAAAUUUGCACAGAAUUGAUAAAGAUGUCCAGAGAUGUGAUCGGAAUUACUGGUAUUUUACUGCUGAUAACCUGGAGAAACUCCGAAAUGUCAUGUGCAGUUAUGUUUGGGAGCACCUAGAAGUUGGUUAUGUUCAAGGCAUGUGCGACCUCCUGGCUCCUCUGAUGGUUAUACUUGAUAAUGAUCAACUGGCUUACAGCUGCUUCAGCCACCUCAUGAAGAGGAUGAGCCAGAACUUCCCCAAUGGAGGUGCUAUGGACACACACUUUGCCAACAUGCGAUCCCUAAUCCAAAUUCUAGACUCGGAGCUUUUUGAAUUGAUGCACCAGAAUGGAGAUUACACUCACUUUUACUUCUGCUAUCGCUGGUUCCUGCUUGACUUUAAAAGAGAAUUGUUGUACGAGGAUGUAUUUACAGUGUGGGAAGUUAUUUGGGCAGCAAAGCACAUCUCUUCAGAACAUUUUGUCCUUUUCAUUGCCUUAGCACUUGUGGAGGUUUAUCGAGAGAUUAUCCGUGAUAACAAUAUGGACUUCACUGAUAUCAUCAAGUUUUUUAAUGAAAUGGCAGAGCAUCAUAAUGCCCAGGAAAUUCUGAGGAUAGCAAGAGACCUUGUCUACAAAGUGCAGACGCUGAUUGAAAAUAAGUGAUAAUGAGCAGACUGUCAUUGUGGCCUUGUUGUGAGCUAUGGGAAGGAGCAUUUCUUGCACUGUAACUUCAAAAUGUUGUUUUAAUUGCAUCUUCCAUAUAAUGUAAUAAAUAUUUAAGAGAUUUGUAAUAGACUUUUAAAAACAGAACUUUUCCUUCACCAGAUAAAGUUUGUGUUUGAUAGUCCUUGUUACACUCACUUUGUAUUUCAAGACAAAAAUCUUUUUGCAUUCUCUUGUUUCCCUUUAUCUAGAAGACUGUCUAUUUACGCGUUUGCAAUAUUGACUUGACAUACUGGAACAUUCAUAUUUUGACUUACUGCACCUUUAAUCCCCUGGAUGCACGCUUUGUGCUUGGUCAAAACUUUCCACAGAGUUAAGGCCUGAUCCAGUACUCACUCAAGUGUUGCAAGCAUUGAAUUGGGUCCUUAGAAGAGCUUGUUUGUGGACUCAGUGGCUACGCUUUGAAAAUGGAAGAGAAUGCAUACGCAGCUCCCGUUGCUAAAACACUGGGCCUUGUAUUCACCACAGUAAUUAGCAGUACUUAAAGUCAAUAAGGUUACUAAGGGGAGAACAGCCUUAUACUGAAUAGCAUGGUUAGCGUAAGCAGUGAUGGCCUGGCAACACUGGCUAAAAGCAUUAGCCAGUCUUCACUGGCCAGUUCAUGCUGUUGAGUCUUUAUGGCCUACACGGGCCACAGUCAUGCCUUCAUUUUACUUUGCAAAAUUAUCCUGCAUGUAUUCCCAGAUGACAAGCUCUGCCUAAAACAGUUGAGGCUAACACAGGUUUAGCACACAGAAACUGGUUCCUUGCUCAUGUUAUCAGCUCCCAAGCUCUGCCUCUCCAGAGAGUCCCAGGAAGCUCAGUGCCCCGUUACAGACCAGACAGUGCAGAGCCUUACCUCCUCCCGUUUGGUCAUUGUACACUGCUGGCCACCUCCUUCCCUCUCUGCAGGUCUUCAGGACAGCGGGGAUCUGGUGUCCUUUCUGUAAGGACUCCUCUCGGCAGCCUGAGGACAGAAUCGAGGCUGUCAUUAAUUCUCAAGUAGGUAUUGGCACUUGUCAGACUAAGUGGUUUAAACUGUUGCAUAGGAUCCGAGCCAUUUUGCUGUAACGCGAUGCUAUUUUGUACAGCCGUCCACCCACCUCAUGGAGAUCUUUGUUUUCCUGGUGGGCCACACGCUUCAAGUAGCGGUGUAAGUUUUACCCUGUCCUCGCUGAAGAGCAAAGGUGACUUGAAGUAGCUAGAGCUUUGCCCUGGAGCUUUAAACAUGUCUACUGCUAUGCUAGUACUUCAUCACACUGUAUAAAAUUAUCACAUAUACUCUUAGAAACAACAUGUACCCAGGAAAAGAAACUAAGUGAGAUUGUAUCUCUGUAUUGGGAGGGGCACGUAAUGACCCGUCUUUUUGCUGAUCGGUUUAUCCACAGAUUUCAUAGAUACUCAUGUGGCCUGUGCCUCUAGAAACAUAGGGACUUCUUAGUUUAAGCACUUUACAAUAGCUGCUGUUAGAACCUUAGUGACUAAAAAAAAGAAGAAAGUGAAAAAAAUGAGUUUAAAUCAGAAUUUUUUUGUUUCUUUUUUUAAUCCUUCAGUGCUGUGUUCCCAUUGAACUUAGUAGUGAAAACAGUCAAGUCAACGCUGAAUGUUUUUUAAGUUCACAUAGUGAACUUAGGAAGUCAGAUUUUUACCUAAAAGGGGGCGUAGGAAAUCAAAUUAUUCUGUUUGAAGAUUGAAAUACUCAUAGGCUGUAUUUGCUUUAGUAACUCCACUCUUGUUAUUACAAAGGUAGCAAGCUGACUCUCUUGCUCUUUGCACGAGGUGUGUGCUGCCUUUGGGCGCUUAAGAUGAACGUUACUUGCACAAGCAAAAGGAAGAUUUGGUCCUAGAAAGCCCAGCUAUGCGUAGAUCUUUCAUUACGAUUGCAGUAAACUAAAAUGGGUAAAUAAUAGUCUGAAAGGGAAAAAGAAUAAAGUGCUUUUCAGCUUAAUAGUCAGGCCCUUUAAUUUCUCUCUUAAAAUUUGAGGGGGGUGGGUAAAAAAAAUAAAAAAAUAAACCAAGCUCUGUCUUCCUUUGCACACUGUCAGGUUUCAUUGGGGUGCUGGUCCUAAAGCCCGUACCUCAGCUCCUCGCCGUAGGCGCACAUCCCCACGUACAGCACUGCUGUAGCCCGGUGCCGUCAGACUGAGUCUUUUGUGCUCUGGACUCACGAACAUCACGGUCAUGAGCCGAAAGUGAGAACAGAUGAGCCCACGUCGUUCUGUAAAAGGUGGUGUGUAGGACGCUGCUUGGAAGGAAACCCCCUUUCUGCGCAUAGCUUAGUGCUAAAAUAAAAACAGUGGGAGUUACAGAAGGAAAAAAAGUUACACUAAACUCUAUCCCCCCUCCAACGCAAUGUCCAAUAGCUUGGGUGUGCUCGGGAUUAAGAGCGAAGAAGCUGUACUGCAGGCGUGCUGACAGCCUGAACUGGUUAGUAUUUAUAGCUCUGUGUGUGUGCGUGUGUGUGUGUGUGUGUGUGUGCGUGCGGGUGUCCAGCUUUUAUAGGCCAGUGCAUGGUUGCUGAAAGGUCUCAAAAGCGCUUCAGUUUGUGUAUCCGUUUGUUCACUUGAAAGGUGAAAUAGUAUUUAAAAAAAAAAAAAUCACAAGAGCAAGAAAACCCUCCAACUCACAGAGCCUGAGGAAGUGAUGUAAAAAAUAAAGCCGCACUAUUUUUCUUUGGUACGUUGGGAAUGUACUAUACAACUCUACUCUGUUAAAAAAACCCAAACCUCUGCAAACUGUUGUAUUUGUUAAGAUAACAUUCUGUCUAAUUGUAUUUUAUGAAUAUUGUGUAUUGCCUUAUUUAUUUUUGUCAGGAACAGACUAUUUAUUGCUCAGUUAUUUAUGUUUAAAUGUAACAUAUGAAUAAAUAUUGUCAAGGCA